AAAUGGAUCCCUCAGCUCUCUUUCUCUUAGUCGCAGUGUUUUUCUCCAGCAGGAUGAAGCUGUGUGUCCUGCUGAUGUGUGUGUGUGGUUUCUGUGGGAGGACGAAGGCCGAGUCCAGAUCGUAUCUGGUCACGGCUCCUCUCACCCUGCGCCUCGACGCUGUGGAGACGGUGCUGCUGCAGCUCUUUGGCUUUCCUGAGGAGGUGAAGGUCCACGUGAUGCUGAAGACCUCCAUGGCUGUGAAUCAUGUGGUUUUGUUUCAAGCGGUUGCGACGCUCAACUCCGCCAACGGCCACCAGGCCGCCGUCAAGGUCAAGCUGGUAAAGGGUCAGCUGGGUAAGAGCGAGAGUCACGUGACCCUCCACGUCCAAUCACCAGAGAUCAACCACCACCUGCCCAUCUCCGUAACCCGCGACAACGGCUUCCUGUUCCUCCAGACGGACAAGCCGCUGUACACCCCCCACCAGAGUGUUAAAGUGAGGGCGUUCUCUCUGAACCAGGAACUGAUGCCAGCCAAUCGCAGCGUCUUCCUGACCUUCAAGGACCCGGAUCAGAAAACAGUGGACAUCGUGGAGAUCAACGAUGUAAACAACGGAAUCCCGUCAAUGCAGAACCCAUUCAAGAUCCCCAUCAAACCCAAGCUCGGGAUUUGGACUAUUGAAGCCUCAUACACUGACGACUUCACAACAACAGCAAAAGUCGACUUUGAAGUUAAAGAAUACGUUCUUCCCAGUUUCGACAUCCACCUGGAACCAGGAGCUAACUACAUUAGCUACGGAAGCUUCAACCAGUUCACACUCAAGGUCCUGGCCAGGUACGUCCACGGGGCUCCGGUGGCUGACGGGGUUGUUUACCUGCGCUAUGGCUACGUCACCGGCAAGACUCCACCAGUCAUAAUCUCCACCUCCGUCACGAGAAAGACAUUGUCACCGACAGGUGAGGUGGAGGUGACUGUGAACAUGGAGAAGGUCCUCUCAAAACACCAUGGACCAAAGGACCUCCCGAGUCUGGCAGGGAAAUACCUUUACAUUGCUGUGCUGCUGCAGGAAAGCACCGGUGGGCUCACUCAGGAGGCGGAGUUUGCUGCUGUAAAGUUUGUUGAAUCACCCUACAGCCUGAGCCUGGUGUCCACGCCCCCCUUCAUCAAACCUGGACUGCCUUAUAACAUCCAGGUGCUGGUGAAAGAUCACCUGGACAAACCGGUGAAACAGGUCCAUGUGAGUCUGGUGGAGCAACGGCUCUUCAGACAAGCAACAGAGAGAGAUCUCCACUGCCCCCCCAGCAGCAACAGCCAAUCACACGGCCUCGCUGUCUUCAUCUGCAACAUCCCCAGUGGUGCAACCCGUGUAGUGCUGAAGUUUGAGACGGUGGACUCCACCCUCCCGUUGGCCAGUCAGGCCAGUCUGACCCUGGAGGCGUCGGCCUAUUACUCACCUAACGGCAGGUACCUGUACAUAGACCCCCCCCUGCCCGACCACGGCCUGCAGGUGGGCCACAUCGCCAACAUGCAGGUGUACUCCGCGGCGCCCUCCUACGUGCCCAUCAACCCCAUCAACUACCUGGUUCUCUCCAAAGGUAAAUUGGUGCAUUUUGGCAGCAAGAAAUUCAUCUCCUCUAGGGAGCAAAAGCAGACUCUGAGCUUUGAGGUGACGGGCGCCAUGGUGCCCUCCGUCCGGGUGCUGGUCUACUACAUCCUAACGGGGGAGGGGACCAACGAGCUGGUGGCCGACUCUGUCUGGAUGGACGUUCGGGACAAGUGUGUCAACGGACUCCAGACCAGCGUGUCGCAUCGUGGUGGAGUCUACAAACCGAAGGAAAGCCUCCAGCUGGACAUCCAGACUAACACAGCCGGCCUGGUCGCCCUGUCCGCCGUUGACUCCGCCCUCUACACGCUGCGACCUGACUACAGGGACCCCGUUACCACGGUUCUGCGUCACCUGGAGCGCAGCGACAUGGGCUGCGGCGGAGGCGGCGGCAGAGAUGCAGCGGACGUCUUCCGGUUAGCCGGCCUCACCUUCAUCACCAACGCCAACGCCCGCCCCUCCCCCACCGUCGAGGCGUGCACGGCAGCCGUGCGUCCAAAGCGAGCCGUGACUGAAGAGGAGAAGAUAAAGAAAGCGGAGAGUUUCGGGCGGCUGAAGACCUGCUGUGAAGCCGGCAUGAGGUACAUCCCAAAGAGCGUGACCUGCGUCCAGUUCGCCCAUCAGCAGUUCAGGAAACACCAAACCUGCCGACAGGUCUUCAGGAUCUGCUGUGAGUUCCUCCAGCAGAACCUGGACCAGGACCUCAUCCUGGGACGCAACGCGGGUUUGGACUUUGACGUUGCUCCUUCUUUGGUCCGGAGCAACUUUCCAGAGAGCUGGAUUUGGGAAGUGCAGCGUGUGAGUUCGGGCGAGAGGUCGGCCACUUGGACUCUACCUGACUCCCUCACCACCUGGGAGGUGAAGGCUGUUGGCGUGUUCCACACAGGUGUGUGUGUAGCUGAGCCCCUCCAGGUGUCGGUCCGUCUUCCUCUCAGCGUGGACGUUCGUCUUCCUUAUCAGGUGGUCAGAGGAGAACAGGUGGAGCUGACGGGCUCAGUCUACAACCAGCAGAACGACGUUGUCAAGUACUGUGUCACGCUGACAGCCGGCCCAGCGGUGUGUCUGCAGGAGUCACAUCCGGUGUUGUUGGGGGCGGGUCUUCACUCCACUUCCUGCAGCUGGAGCUUCCUGUCAGCUGGAGGCGUCGCCAAAGUGAGCUUCACCCUGCUGGGUCUGGAGCCUGGAGACCACACCCUGACCUUUGACCUGAGGACUAGCGGGGGAGGACGUGACAUCCUGGAGAAGAAGCUGCGAGUAGUGCCUGAAGGAGUGAGGAGGGAGGAGUUCUCUGGAGGCCACCUGGACCCACGUGGAUUCUUGGGUUCAGAGAAGAGGACGGUGACCCUGAAGAACCGACCGCCGGCCAACCUGGUCCCCAACACGCCGGUGGAGAGGUUACUGACCAUCAAUGGCGAUGUCCUCGGGAACGUCGUGUCGGUGGUGUACAGCCCAGAAGGCCUCCGGAACCUUCUGAACCUUCCGGACGGGUCGGCGGAGGCGGCGCUUGCCGGCGUGCUUCCCCUGGCUCACCUGUACCUGUACCUGGAGGGCACGGAGAGCUGGGACAUCCUGGGAGGAGAUGUUAGGACGACUUCCGCUGACCUGAGGCAGAAGAUCCGAGAGGGUCUCAUCAGCAUCAGCUCGUUCAGGGGAGGAGACUCAAGCUUCAGCAUGUGGCUGAAGAGGGAACCCAGCACCUGGCUCACAGCCCUGGUGGUGCGGACCCUGGCCCUGGUGGACUCGGUGGUCUCGGUGGACCACCAGGCUCUGUCAGAGUCCGUGUCCUGGUUGAUUUACCGAGUUCAGCAGUCGGACGGAUCCUUCACAGACAAGUCGUCCUGGAAACCCAACAGCUUCAUGGCUGCAGGGACGCCUGCUCUCGACCAAUCGGUGUACCUGACGUCCUUCGUGCUGAUCGCCCUGCACAGAGCCACCAGCAUCAAAGACCGGAUCCUGCAGCUCGCGUUCCACGAUAGGAGCAUGAAGUCUGCAGUAAACUACAUUUCCCAGCAUGCCCAGGGAGUGAAGAGUGUGUAUGUGCGUGCGGUGGCGACCUACGCUCUGACGCUGCAUGACGCCAGCAGCCAGGAGGCCUCGGCGCUGCUCGACGCUCUAGAGAAGCUGGCCCUGAACAAAGGUCGCCCCGCUGUGCUCAGGUACUGGCAGGAGUCCAGCGUGACGUCUGAUUGGCUGAAGCCCGACCAAUCGAGCGGCGUCACCGUGGAGACGACGGCCUACGUCCUGCUGACGCUGCUGCUCAAGGGGAGAAUCUCUGACGCCAACCCCGUCCUGUCUUGGCUGACCCAGGAUCAGCACUACGGAGGGGGUUUCUACACAAUGCAGGACACCGCCCUGACUCUGGAGGCGGUGACGGAGUACAGCAAAGCUGUCACCCGAGCUGUCCUCCAUCAGGACAUCUUAGUCCGCUACAGCAGGAAGGGAGAGCUAGGUCAGGUCCACCUGAGCCGGAGCAAACCUGUGGCCACGCCCAUCCAGGUGACGAAGGAUGAUGACAUCACCGUGUCCACAGGUUACGGGAGGGGCGUGUCCCACGUGAAGAUGAAGACGGUUUACUAUGAGACCACCCCGCCUUCUGCCAACUGUAACUUUGACCUCACCAUCGAGGUGUCAGGCCCCGACACCUCCAGCAGUCAUGGUGUCAGAGCGCCUCACCUGGUUGCCUGUGCAAAAUACAAGCCUUCUCCUAACGAGGCAGUCACAGAGUCCAGUCUGACAGUGAUGAAGAUCCAGAUGCCUACAGGUGUGGAGGGUUACCUGGAGGACCUGAGACAGUUCAGAGACACAGACGAGCCGAUGAUCUCUCACUACAAACUGCAAGGAAACACUGUGGUCAUCCAGCUGGACUCUGUUCCUUCCGACGUCUUCCUGUGCGUUGGUUUUCGGAUCAGGACGGGCUUCCGGGUGGGUGGGGCCAGCGAUUCCGUGUUCAGCGUCUAUGAGCCUCAAGACAAAGGCAGUGAAUGCACCAAAAGCUUCUCUUACCAGCAGCAGAGGCUGCAGCGCCUCUGUGUGGACGAGCAGUGCCAGUGCAUGGCAGCUGCGUGUGCCUCCUUCAGGGGGAACGUGGACGUGAGCCUGACUGCAGACCGACGCACCAACGAGACCUGCAGGCCGCACAUCGCAUAUGCCUUCAAAGUGACGGUGAAGUCUUUUGCAGGAGAAGGAGACUUUAUGACCUACACAGCCACUGUAGUUCAAGUCCUGAAGAAAACUCAGGAAGAGUUACAAGCGGUGAGUGCAGGGACCGAGGUGGAGCUGGUGAAGAAGGCCACAUGCAGCUCUGUUGACAUCCACAACAACAAGCAGUACCUGGUGUUUGGAGCUAGAGGGUCAGAGGUCACGCUGAGCAAGGGCUUCAAGUAUCGUCUUCCUCUGGACUCAGAGGCCCUGGUGGAGCUGUGGCCGUCCCUCUGUGCUUCUACUGAGUGUGAAGACUACACUUCUCACCUGGAGGAGUUUGCUCUGAACCUUCUGAUUGGCAGCUGCCCCGACUCUUCAUAAGACACAAUAUGGAUCUGAUUCUU